AUGCCAGUAUAUAGUCUAUUAUAAAUAUUAUUUUUUAUUUUAUUUCUUUUUUUUUAAAAAAAAAAAAAAAAGUAAAAAGAAGAUAAUCUAAAAACCAUUAAAAUAAAAUGGGAAUAAGUUAAAGUUGGAGACGUGAUUAGAAUCUGCCAUGGAGAAAUAUCGCCUGCAGACAUAAUUUUAUUAGAUUCGAAUAAAAUAAGAAAUAAACAAGCAAUUUGUUAUAUCAAUACUUUCUAUGUAGACGGAAAAGAUGAAUAUAGAUAAAUAAAUGCACCAAGUUUAACUAAAAGUAAUUUAAAUAAAUAAAUAUAUAUUUCUAUUAAAAAUACUUAAAAUUUACUUAUAGUUAUAAAUCUAAAAGAUCAUAGAAAAUCAUAUUUUAAUAGAUAUAAAAAUUGCUUAACUUUAAAAUUAUCUUAUGAGGAAAAAAAUCAACAUAAUCUAUAAUUUAAUGGUUAAUUAAAACUUUUAAAAGACCCUAAAGUAGAAGUAUUAAAUAAUGAUAAUUUUAUACCUAGAGGAAGUAUUGUUUAUUUGACUAAAAAUAUGGAUUGGUUUUUAUAAAAACAAAAAAUUAAUAAAAUUUUAAAAUUAAUAUAAUAUAGGAUUUAUGGAUUAGUUGUAUUCGGAGGAAUGAAUACUUAAAUAAUGUUAAAUAGAAAUAAUUAAAAUAAAAAAGGAAUUUUUAAAGAUAAUUAUUACAUUAUCUAUAUUAUUUAAUAUUAUGGCUUUCUUUGCCUUUUUUAUAUCUUUUUCAUUAGUAUUACUAAUAUUAUAGGACUUUCUUAUUAAAUAAAUAGUUAUUAUUCGAUUUUUAUUGAAAUUAAUUAGUAGUAGUUUUUGAAAUUUAUUCGUUAAUUAAUUUUACAUUCGUAAAUUUUCCCGCCAUUAAUUUAUGGAAUUUUGGAUUUGUUUUAAAUUAUAGAAAUGUAUAAGAUUUAAAAAAUUAUUAAAAAGAAAAAUCCAAAUAAUAAAAUUAAUAUAGGAAAUCCAGAUGUAAUAAGUAAUAUUGGAUAAGUAUAAAAAAUUAUAUAUAAUAAAUUUAUAUAUAUAUAUAUAUAAUAGAUUGAUUAUAUAUUUAUGGAUAAAUCAAUAUUUAAUUUAAAAGAUCAUAAUCAAAAAAAUAUCAAUCUAUAAUAAUUAUUUUAUGCAAUUUUAAUAUGUAAUUAUUCAGAACCUUCAUAAUUUGGUUAACUUUAAUCCAUAAAAAAUAUAGAACUUCCUAUUUAAAACACUUUACUUAAAUUUGCACGAAAUUCAGGCUAUUAAUUAUAUACUUAAAAAGACAAAAUGUUUAUAUAUUUUAAUGUAAAAAAAUAAAAAAAUAUUCUAUUACAUAUAUAAAUUAAUAUAUAUUUAAAUAUAUAGAAUAGAAAAUUAGUUGAAAUUUUUACUAAAGUAAUAAAUUAUUAAAAAGAAGAAAAACAUAACUUUUCUGUAAUUGUUUAAUUAUAAGAUUUUACAUAAAUAGAUAAUUAAUAUUAUAUAUAUACUUAAGGGUAUGCUUAAAAUAUAAAAUCAUAAUUAAAAUUAAAUAAAAUUCAGCAUGAAAAUUUAGAUUUUUUAAUAAACGACUAUUAAAAAAAGGGUAUUUUACCUUUAACUUUUGCUUAUAAAACUCUUAGUAUGUAAUAGUUUAACGAAUAUAUAGAUUAGUAUAAUCUUUUAUAAUCGAAUAUAUAAAUAUAAGACCAUGAUAUUAGAAAUUUAUCUAAAACUUUGGAAAAUGAUCUGGAAUAUUUGGCCUUAAUAGGCAUAAAAGAUAAAAUAAAUGAAUAAGCGCUUUAAUUAUAUGAAAACUUUGAUAAAAAAAAUAAAAACCUAUUUAUUUUGUCUAAUUAAAUAAAAUAAAAAACCAUAAAUACAUUAAUGUAAAAAGAUAUAUAUAUAUAUAAAUAUAUAUAUAUAUAUAUAUAUAUAUAUAUAUAUAUAUAUAUAUUAUUUUUUAUUUUUAUUAUAUUAUAUAAAAUAGUUUAUUAAAUAAUUAUUUGUUUUUUUUUUUUUUAAUAAAAAAAAAAUAUCUAAAAAUUAAAUAUAAUCUAUACUAAUAUUUUAUAUUUAUUUAUAUAUAUUAGUAAUAUAGGUAUAAAAUUAAAUUAAGAAAAUAUUUUAAAUAUAUGCUGCGAAUCUAAUAUAUCUCAUAUUUGGGAUUAAAUAAGAUCUAUUUUAUUUUUCUUAAAAGAAAAGCAAAAUCCUAAUAAAUAAUACAUAAUGUACCUUAACGGUAUUACAUUUUACAAAAUUCUCAGAGAUAACAAUUUAUUAUAGCAUUUUAUAUUCAUAUUAUAAUUUAUAACUAAACUAAUAGGCUAUAACAUCGAUUAAUUUACCAAAGGCUUCCUUUUAGAUAUAAUAAAAUCAACUAAAGACUCUGAAAGUACUAUAUUAUCAUUAGGUGAGGGCUAUAAAGAUUCUAAUAUGAACAAAAGUUCUGAUAUUUCAAUUGAAUUAGAAUAAAAAGUUGAGAAUAAUUAAUUUUAUAGUUAUUUUGGGGAUAUAUAAAUUAAUUAAAUAUAAGAAGUUUCGGAAAUAAUAGACUAAGGUGUUUUUUUUUCCAAUAAAAUCCAGAAGAUAAUUUUCAGUGUUUUUUAUGCGCAAAUAUUGGUCAGUUUUACUGUUUGUUUUUUUGUUUGGGAUAGUGGUUUUAUUGGGAAUUCCUUUUUAUUUUGGCAAUUAAUUAUUAUUUUAGAUUUUUCUUUUGUUUUUUCGCUUUUUUUUUCAGUGAUACUUUUCUAUGAAGAUUAAAAGGAUUUUAUUUUAACAAAAAAAAGGCAAAAUUUUUACAGAAAAUUAUAGUUUGAGGGUAUUUUAGAAACCUUUCUUUAAGCUAUUCUCAUUUAUUAUAAUACUAUGUAUUCUAUUUAAUAUUUCAUUAAUAAAUAAGGGAAAAAUUGUGAGCUUUAUUAAUCUAUAUAGAUUAUUUUGUUAAGUCUAGUGGGUAUUUUAGCAUUUAAAAUCGCCUUCUUGUUCUCUUUGAAGAUUUUUAUUUUUUUUAUUUUUCUAUAAGGAGGCUUGAUUACUUGGUUAAUUUACUUCUAGAAGAUAUUUUGGGACUAAAUGGUUGAUUGGUAGCACUUAGGAGAUUUAUUAUUUGAAAAUUAAGGACUAAUUUUCUGUUUUGUAUUUAAUUUAAUAUGUGGAUUUUUAAUUUGUUAAUUUUGGGGAGUUUUUGGAUAUUAUUGGGAAGAAUAAGAGAAAAGAAAUAUAAAUAUAAAAAAAUACAUAUAGAAAAUUUUUAGUUCUUUCAAAAAAAUUGAAUAGAGUGUUUUAGAUAGUAUAUAUUUUUUAUUUAUUUAAAUAUAAAAAAAAAAAAAUAUAUAUAUAUAUAUAUAUAUAUAUAUAUAUAUAUAUAUAUAUUUUAUAGUGUUAGAAAAUAAUUAAGAUAAACUAUUUUUAUAUAUAAAUAAAUUUACUUAAGAUUUUAAAGACGAAACACUGGAAGAAAAAUUUAAAUUAAAAAAUAUCUUGAACUAUAUAAAAUAAUUUCGAAUAACCUAUAUAUUAACUAUAAUAUUCAUUACAGUCUAUAUAAUAUUUGAUAUUAUUAUAAAUUAAACAAAUAAUUAAUUUUUUUAUACUAAAAUAUCAUUUAUAAUUAUCUAUUUAUUACUUUUAAUAUAUAUAUUUUCCUCUCAUUUCUAAAAAAACUACUACAAAACAACAGCUUCUAUAAUAUUUUUGAGUACUCUAAUAAUACUAAUAAUUUAACUUUUGGAUAAAAAAAUAAAUUUAAUUCUUAUUAAUCUAAUUUUAAACCUAAUAACGACAAUUAAUUUAAAUAUUUCCUUAUUAAAAGUCUUAAUAAUCCACACUUUAAAUUAUAUAGUGUAAACAUAUAUAAUACUAACAUAAUAUACUGAUAAAAGAUCUCAAAUAAUUGAAAUAUAUUUCAUUUUUUAAUUCAUUUUAUUAACUUCAUAUAUCUAUAUAUACUCUUUUUUUAGUUUAUAUAGAAAUUAAUAAGAAUAAAGGAAACAUUUUUGUGCUCUAGAAGACAUCAAAUCCGUAAAAGAGCAAAAUAAUUAAAUUCUUUCAAUGCUAGUACCCGAAUUCGUUGAAAACUAUAUAAAAUAAAAUCGAAAAAAUACCAAAAAAUUUGAAAUGGCAAAAAGCCUUUAGUAAGUAGCUAUUUUGUUUGCCGAUAUAUGUGAAUUCGAUUAAUUAAUUUAAUAAGAAAAGAACAAUGUAGUAGUAAUUUUAGAUGAUCUUUUCCGUAAAUUCGACAAUAUCUGUGAAAAAUACGGCGCUUAAAAAAUCGAGACUGUCGGUAAAACAUAUAUGGCUGCCACUGGUAUUGAAGAAUCUGAAAAUAAUAUCAUUGAGUAGUUAAAACAUAUUGGAAAAGGUGAAAGACUGGUUCUUAUGGCAAAAGAAAUGCUUGAAAGUGCAUAAAAUACCAGAUGGGGUUCUGAAAACAAUCGGAUUAAAUUAAAAAUAGGAAUAAAUAAAGGCGAAGUAAUAGCCGGUAUUAUAGGAAAUCCAAAACCCUAGUUUUCUCUAAUAGGAGAUACUGUAAAUACAACAUCAAGAAUAUGUGCUUAGUGUAAUUAUGGUAAAAUUUUAAUAUCAGAAAGUGUUAAAGAUGAGGUAAAGUAGAUGAAUCAUAAUUUUAAACCGAUUUAAUUUUAGCCUAAAGGAAAAGAAUUAAUGACUGCAUAUGAAAUUGGGGAACUUUUUACAAGUAAAAAAUUUCAAUCCGCACUUGUUAAUAUUAAAAAUACUGGAAUAAAAAAAAAUAGCAAUUUUAGUAUUAUUAAUAAUAUUAAUUAAUAGAUUGAACAUAGUAAUUAAUAAAUUGAAAAUAAUAAUUGUCAAAUUAAAUAGAAAAAUAAUAUUAUUAAUAUCUUUAAAGGAAAAAAUAUCAAAACUAUUAAUUUAGGAGAUGAAUAAACUCCUUAUAAAUCUAAUGAAUAAAAAUAAAAUACAGAAUAUAUUAAUGUAUAAUAUAUAUAUAUAUAUAUAUAUAUAUAUAUUUAUAUAUCAUUUAAUUUAAAAAAUAAAUAGGAAUUAUCAAGUUUUUCUGAAGAUGAAAGCGAGGAAGAUGAAUCUGAAGAAGAAUAAGAUAAUAUAAAUAAUGAUUCUAUUAAAUAUAAUACAAUAAUAAAUAAAAAUACUAAUCCUUAAUAAACCAUUAAUAAAUUUAAAAAAUAGAUAUAACAAAUUACUUUUAUAGAAAAUAAAUAUUCAUUAUUAUUUUUAUUUUUCCAAUAAUAAAUAAGUACUAUAUUAUUCACAAUAUCAUACGAUACAUGUUAAAAUCAUCUUAUAAUAUUUGUUUUAAGAAUUAUAACUGUCUUUUUAUUUAUAACAGCUUUCUAAAUAUUAGAAAAAGCCUAUAAAAAUCAAAAAUAUAAAAAAUUAAUAUAUGCAAUUUUUAUAUAUGCAGUGUUUACAUAAUUCUUUUAGGCAAAAAUGUGUGACGAUAAUUAGAAAAUGAUUAUUGUCUAAAUAAUUGAAAGUGUAGUUUUAUAUAAAUGGUUUAAUCAUUUAAGUAUAUUCAAUUUUGUUGAAAUUAUUAUUUUUGGAUUUAUUUUUAUAAGCUUAUAUAUUGGAUUUAUUUGGAAACAAAUAGAUGUAGAAAAUACCUUUUUUAUAUUUACAUUUGUUACAUUUAUGAUAUACAAAGGAUAAAUAUAUAGAAAUACUGCUAAAAAAAAUUAUAAUUAAACAUCAAAAAUAAACCAAAAAAAAGAAUCUAUGCAAUUACUUGUUAAUUAAUUAUUACCUGCAAUAGCAUUGAAAAAAUUUAGAGGAAAUUUAUAAAAUAAAAGAGAACUAACAGAUUAAUUUGAAGAUGUCACUAUUUUAUUUGCUGAUAUCAAAGGUUUUACUGAAUUUUCUGAUAAAGUAAAAGAACCUAAAAAAGUUAUGAGAAUGUUAAAAGAUCUUUUUGAAAGCUUUGACUAAUUAUGUUUACUAAACAACGUUUUUAAAUUAUAUACUAUCGGUGAUUGCUAUGUUGUUUUAUCUUUUGUAGAUGCUGAAAGGUUAAAUACUGUUUAAGAAAAGGCAAAAGAAGCUGUAAAUGUAAUUAAUUUCGCAUUAUAAAUGAUUGAUGAAAUUAAUAGAAUCCGAUAAAAUUAUACCUUUUUAAAUAUGAGAAUAGGAGUUCAUACUGGAAAGAGAAUAAUUGGAGGAAUCUUAGGUACAAAAGUUGUUAGAUAUGAUGUUUAUGGAAGAGAUAUUCUUAUUGCUAAUAAAAUGGAAUAAAGUGGAGAACCUGGGAAGGUUAUGAUUAGUUAAAGUACUAAAAAUUGGAUUAAUAAAUAAAAUAUAAAUUAAUUUUGUAUUGUAAAAGCUAAAAAUGUUAGUAUAGGCAAUAUGAAUAAUACAUAAGAAAUUAUUUAAACUUAUUUUAUUAGUAAAUAAUGA